UUCUUCAUAUUGAAUUCGAUUGAAUAACCAAACAAAUAUCAGUAUUAAACAAAGCUGGUAGAGUAUGUAUUAAUUUUAAAAGAAAUAGGUAAUAGAGAUGGGAGAGAGGCAGAGAAAGCUUCAUGGUAUCAUGAUAUGCGUUCCCUACCAAGGACAUCUCAACCCUUUCGUGGAUCUAGCUCUCAAGCUUGCUUCCAAUGGAAUCGUCAUCACCUUCGUUCAUCUUGAAUUCCUUCACCGCAAGCUAUGCCAAACUCACCACGCCAACAAAACAGAUGUCGAUUUGUUUAGUGAAGCUCGAGAGCUUGGGCUCGACAUACGCUUCACCACCAUGACCGAUCCUUUUCCUCUAGAAUUCGACAGGGAUGCCAACUUCAACGAGUAUUGGGAGACCAUGGUCCGCGAUUUCCCACCUCUUGUCAAUGAAUUUGUGGGAAAAAUACUCGCUUCUGAUCGGGACAAUAUGCUCCAUUUCUUGGUGGCCGACACCGUCUACACCUGGCCGGCCGCCGUCGCCCGCAAAUACAACCUCGUCAACGUUUCUCUGUGGACGCAAUCGGCCUUGGUGUAUUGCUUGGGAUAUCACUGGGACCUUCUCCAACAAAAUGGCCAUUUUCCUUGCAACGAUGAGGUGGAUGAGGAAAUAAAGUACAUUCCAGGAAUUGAGUCAAUAAAUACCAAGGAUCUAAUUGCCUAUCUCAGACAAUCGCAAUGUGAAAGCGUAAUUAGCAGAGCGUCACGGUUGCAGUUUGAGCAGGGCAAGAUGGCUGAUUUUGUACUGCAAAACACGGUAGAAGAGCUUGAACCUCGAGCCCUCUCAGCUCUCAACAAUUACCUACCAAACUACGCCAUCGGCCCUCUCAACUUCUCUCAAGAUCUACCAACUAACACAGUCACUACCAGUCUCUGGUCCAAAUCAGACUGCACCAAUUGGCUCGGAUCGAAACCUCCUGGUUCGGUGCUAUACGUCUCAUUUGGCAGCUUCGUGCACACCAAUAUGCAGGUUCUCGAGGAAUUGGCCUACGGACUCCUCCUCAGCCAAGUGAAUUUUGUGUGGGUGAUUCGACAAGGUAUUCUCGGCGAUGGGGCUACUAGUGUGUUGUCGGCUGAGUUCCAAGAUGCGGUUAAAGAGAGAGGGCUUAUCAUCGGAUGGUGCGAUCAGGUUGAGACUCUCUCGAAUCCGGCCGUUGGGGGCUUCUUGACGCAUAGCGGAUGGAAUUCCACUUUGGAGAGCAUGUGGUGUGGCGUUCCAAUGAUUUGUUAUCCUAUUGGAUUUGAUCAGCCUUGUAGUAGCAAACUGGUGGUUUCUGAUUGGAAGAUUGGGGUUCAUCUGUGUGAAGGUGGAACUCUGCAUAGGGAAAAUGUGGCCCACAAGAUUCAGAGCUUUAUGAACGGAGGUGAUUUGGAGAGAUUGAAGCAGAAUGCAGAAAGAGUAAGGAAGAUUAUGAAGAAUGCAGUGGAAACUGAUGGAUCUUCCAAAACAAACUUCGACCGCUUUCUAAAAGAUUUGGAGGCAAAGAUUCGUGCCCAAAACUGACAACCAAACUAGAUUUCUCUCUUGGUUCCGAUGUUUCCUACUAAUAUCGCACUACUAUUUACAAAUUUGUAGUAAUACUUCAAUAAAAGAAAUUUAAAUAUUUUUCUUUUUAA